CGGAAGUUCGUUUUUUGCAGGCCUUUCCAUCACUUAAACGGCCUCCGAAAUGUCGUUUUUCGGUAAAAUGAAAAACUUAUUUCGGGGCCCUGCCGUGGAAGAAUCCAAGCGACCUCUGCCAUCCAUUAUUGAGGUAAAUGUAAAUCCAAAAGACUAUUGGGAAAUUGUUGGAGAACUCGGCGAUGGUGCUUUUGGAAAAGUUGAAAAAGCUGUCUCGAAAUCAGACAGGAAUCUCUACGCUGCUGCUAAAGCCAUUGAAGUUCAGGAAGGAGAGCAGCUGGAGGACUUCCUUGUUGAGAUAGAUAUAUUGACAUCAUGUAUACAUGUGAACAUUGUCAAACUAUAUGCUUGCUAUUUCUAUGAGAACAAGCUUCACAUGAUGCUGGAGUUCUGCGGAGGUGGUGCGGUUGAUGCAAUUAUGAUAGAGUUAGAAAAGCCACUCACAGAAAAGCAGAUCGCUUAUAUCGCGAGGUAUACCUGCGAAGCGGUAGCUUUUCUACAUGAUUGCAACGUCAUUCAUCGCGAUCUCAAAGCCGGUAACAUUCUUCUCACUAGCGAUGGAAUAGUGAAGCUAGCCGAUUUUGGAGUCUCUGCAAAGCUCAAAGAUAGAAAUGAAAGGAGGGACACUUUUAUCGGCACACCAUAUUGGAUGGCUCCAGAAGUCAUGAUGUGUGAAACGUUUAAAGACCAGCCCUACGAUACCCGCUCUGACAUUUGGUCAUUUGGCAUCACUCUCAUCGAAAUGGCGCAGAUGGAGCCUCCUCACUCCAAUGUGUCUCCCAUGCGUGUGCUGAUAAAGGUUCAAAAGUCAGCUCCUCCUACUCUUGAGAAUCCUUCCAGCUGGUCCAUAUUUUUUGUCGAUUUCCUUUCUCACUGCUUGGUAAAGGAUCCUUUGGAAAGGCGAACGGCCAAGCAACUCCUUUCCCAUCCUUUUAUCGUAAAUGCCACUGAUCGCCACCCAGCGUUGGCUCUGUUAGCCGAGGUAAAUGCUGAGAUUCAAGAGGAAGUAGUCAUCGAUGAUGAUCGUGCAAGCUGUGACGAGAGUUGCGCAGAUUCAGAAGAUCAAGAUAAUACAAGGUCUGUGGUCGUUUCUGAAGACUCGGUCUGGGCUCCUGUUGCUCCCAUUCCCCAACCAAAAGACAGUGUUCAACAAUCAGGGGAUUUAGUGCAGAAAAAGCGAGCCGCUCCACCUCCGCCUGAUGAAUCUAUCGUAAAACCUGCAGUAAUCGAGAAGAGAUUCUCUGAAAAGGAGCUGUAUGUUCAGCCUUCACCUCAGCAGGCUAAGGGAGCAAACGAUCUUGUCAGCCCCGGACGCGAAGCUCUCAACAUCCUUGAUGACUUAAAUGUUACUCUUGACAAUCAAAAUUCGUCACCCGCUCCUGUACUUAGCGACGAUGCCUACAGUCAAGACUCUCUCAAGCUUAUGCCAGACCUUGCACACACUACCGAGAUUACUGUGCACAGCCCUGCUCCGCAGCACAAAAUCAAAGAUGUCGUCGGUGCUGCACGUGCAGCGACAAACACUCCUAGUCCACAGUUACCUAGAAGUCGUCAAGAUGGAUCUCUUGCUAGUUCUUCUGAGAACGUAUAUUCACAGAAUUCGUUAUCGAAGGCUGCUUCACAGCAGAGCGUUCAUGACAAGGCGGUAAUAAAAGUUGGAAUGGAUGUUCCUUAUGUACCAUUAUCGAGCGUGAUUGCGCCUGGAUACAGUACAACAAAUGAAACAGUUAUUGAGAAGGAGACAUCGAGGAUUGACAUACUUGCUCAGGACAAGCGUUCAUUAUCCUCUUCGACCGACUACGAUGCCCCCACAAUAGGACAAAGCUUCCAGGGACAAGCCAUCCAGAGGCCUUUUAAUCGGGCUGGUUCUCUUCGUGGCGUUCCUCCUCAACAAGCAGAAAUUACAUCCUCUCCGCCUCCCCAAAAUGUUGGCAGAGUCCAGAAAUCUAGAACGGAACCACCACUGCACUACAUUGGAGUUUCUACCGGGGAAUCCAGUCGCAAUGUACAGGAAUUCAACUAUUCAGAGCAUUUUCCGGCCGGUCCCAGUACAGAAAAUGAAUAUUUUGCUCCUUCGACUACUGAGAAAAAAGUACCACCUCCAGAGCCUCCUGUUGACUACAACGAUCAGCAGAAUUCUAAAGAGAAUGCGCCUCCGAUUUCUCUACCGAGGGAUGUUCCUCUUUCAUCUAUAGUGCAGGGUCCUAGGACGCAAGAUGUACAGCAUCGUUUAGCAAAGGAAGGCGGAGAUGCUGGAGUGGGAAUAAGAAAACAUCCGCAUAGGCAGACCGUCACAAAGAAAACUCGUACUUACACCAUUGAUGGGAUGCAAGUCACAUCUACAACAAUGCAUGUGCUUGGUGCAAAAGAAGAUAUGCAGAUGAGGAAACAGCAACUUCAAGAUUUGCGAAGGCUUCAGCGAGAAGAAGCUCGUCAGAAGCAAAAGCUUCAGCUCGAUGGCGCCAACUUGGUCGAACAGCAAGGGCGAAAGUUCCAGCAGGAGAAAGCUAUUUCUACAAGACAAUAUGAAAUCGAUAUGGAAGCAAUGGAACGUAAGCAGAAGCGGGAAAUUGAGGAGGCAGAAAAGUCACAGGAAGAAGAAAUGAGACAAGUUCAAAAGCGCCUCAAAUACGAGCAGGAAAAGGAACUGCGUGCUUUCAAAGACCGAUUGAAGCAAGAAAUGAAGAUAAUGAAACAGGAAAUGGAUAUGCUACCUAGGCAGCAAAGAAGAGAUGCAGUACGGAUGAAGAAGGACCAAAUGGAGCACGAAAAUCACAUGAAGGAAGCUGACUUCAUUACGCAGUUACAAAAGAAUGCCGAAGCAACACUUACAAAAAUGACGCAGAGGCACAAGGAGAAAAUGGCUACUCUUGAAAGACAGUUCCUUAUGCAAAAGCAUCAUCUAUUGAGAGCUAAGGAAAACAAUGACUGGGAACUUGAGGAGAAGCAAAUGGGAGAAAGGUACGAUCUUCAAAGGAAAUUAUUCAAAGAUGAGUACUUUUUGCUACGCACGCAGAUGCUAGCAAGGCAUCAGAAAGAAUUGGCCCAAGCUCAAAAGAUCAACCAGGAAGAAGAGGAUGAACUUGAACGAGCCCUCGCACUAGAUCGGAAAAAACUUCCAAAGAUGCUACGCAAUGAGGCAAAGACUCGUAGCGUCAUGUUCAAAGAAAGUCUUCGAAUCAGCAUGCAGUCUAUGACUCCAGCUGAAAUGGCUGAGAAGCUAAGACGUUUUGAUGAGCAUGAAAAUAUGCGAAUCAGGAACGCUCUAGAAGAACAUGAUCUGAAAAGUGCUAAGAAGAUUGCCCAGCUGAAAGAAAAACAUCAACAAGCGAUGAAUGAGCUCGACGAGAUGCAGAAUGAAAAGAGGAAGCAAUUGUUGGAAAAAGAGCGUAAUACUAUGCAGGAACAUGAGAAGCAGUAUUUGAGUAUGAGAGAGCAGUGGCAAGAUGAUUUGGCUCCAAGAAAACUGAUGCUGGAAAGAAGAUUCCAAGAAGAAAUGGAGGCUCAAGAGAGAUUUUAUGGUAUCCCUCUCGGCGGUACGAUAGCUUCAACUCCGAUUCUUCAAACGCGUCUUCAUUGAUUCUCAAAAGAAAACCCUAGCUCAAAAUUGAUUAUUGAUGCAAAAAUUCAAGAGUGAUUUUAUUCUCCUCAGGUGUCAUCAGCUUUGAUUUUAAUCAAAUAUAUCGAAAUUUUUGAGAACCAUAUCCUUUACUCUGAAAUGCUAACUUUAAUUAGCAAAUUGUCACUGGUGCUGCCCGAAUGCUCCGGUUUUCAAUCAUUUUCACUUAACUUAUUAGUGUAUGGAAUGAUUCUCUUUAAUCUAUACAAGAAUCCCUACGGUCCAUCACCAAUCAAAUUGCCUUCGUUAUAAGCCUUGUUAGCCAUCCGUUACUGUCAAUUGCUGAUUACGAGUUUUCCUGUUGGCCUUGACAUCACUAUCAGUCGGUUAUGGUGUACUUAACAAACAUUAGUCUUGUCUGAUAUAUGGAAAGAGAAUAAUAAAUUUAUGCGAAUA